AUGCAAGGCCGACGUGAGUCCUCCCUCAAUGCGAGUGUGUACAAACUGUACAACUCGAUUCAACUGCUAACCAAUUGGCCUCCCCCACAGCCCAAGGCCGAUGCGUUCAACUGCGCCCAGCGAGCCCACACGAACUACCUUGAGAACGCACCACAGACGAUGCUGCUCACUCUCGUUGCUGGACUCAAGUAUCCUGCCGCCACGACGUUGAUCGGAGCUACAUGGGUGGUGAUGCGCGUGCUGUUCUUGUACGGAUAUGUCUACUCCGGCCAGGCUGCGGGAGCCGGACGGAAGUACGGUGGCGGCUUCUGGUUCGCUCAGAUGGCGCUCUGGGGCAUGACGGUGUUUGGCGUCGCAUUGCCCAUGAUGCAAGCUCCUGCUUCCCCAUUCUAG